UUCACAAAUACCGAACCCACGCUUGCUCAUCCGAGUCCCGCCCGUAUUCGAACACAACUACUUCACUUUCUUGCCAGCCAAACAGCAAACAGAAAACUACACCAACCAUAAUCCGAUGGCUCUGCUGUACUUUCCGCACACCACCAUCCACUUCCCUCCAAUUCGCAUUUCACCACCGCUCUUUCCCGCCAAAACCAAAAGCGCCGCCGUUUCCUCUCUCCACUUCUCCACUUUUUUCUCCGAAAACGGCGUCGUUUGGUGUCGGAGAGCAACGACGCCGUUCCGGAAGUACGCCUAUCCCGACCCCAUUCCAGAAUUUGCCGAAUCUGAGACGAGAAAGUUCAGAAAUGGCCUCUUGAAGAGGCUGUCGAAGGAGAAGGAGACUUUCGGGGAUGAUCUCAGUGAUGUUGUUGAAGUUUGUGUUCAGAUAUUUGGUAAUUUCUUGCACAAAGAGUAUGGAGGACCUGGGACAUUAUUGGUGGAGCCUUUCACUGACAUGAUGGUUGCUCUCAAGGAGAGGGACUUGCCUGGAGCGCCUUUGGCUGCUAGGGCCUCACUGUUAUGGGCUCAAAAUUAUGUUGAUCAGGAUUGGGAAAUUUGGAACUCAAAAUCACCCAAAUGAUCUUCAUCUCUUAGUUCAUGUAAUUGUUAAAUUAUUAUUUUCAUUUUGUGUUUAAUUUUCUCAUGCAAACAAAGAAUAGUAAAGGUUCAAAAA